GCCUGCCGGCAGCCGGGCCCGAGCUGGUCUGACAGGCUCCGGGCAGACGGGAAGGGAGAGGCCGCCUGAGGCUCAGGAAUGUGCAGCCCUUAUCUCUGGCUCCCCUGCAAUCCUGGGGAGGGAAUAACUCUCCGGAGUUUGCCUUUCUCUCGCUCUUACUCACCCUCUGCCCUGGGUGGAGCUUUGUUCUGCUGGCUCGGAGGUGCCCGUGAAUCAGGCUGCAGGCACGUCCAGGGGAGCGGAGAGCCGGAGAGCGCGACCCACCACCUGCCCUGGCUCACCUGGGAAGCCCCCCAUCCCCUCAUGGCUCGUCGGUCUCAAAGCUCCUCACAGGGGGACAACCCCCUUGACCCGAACUAUCUCCCCCCCCACUACAAGGAGUAUUACCGCCUGGCUCUGGAUGUGCUUACCGAGGAGGGCAAAGAAAGUUACCAGCGCUUCCUGGCCGAGGAAGCAGCCCCCGAUUUCCUGUGCGGCUCAGAGGUGGAUCACAUCAUACAGAACCUCCAGAAACCCCAGUACGCCAACCAGGAGGGCAGCACAGACACCAGUGGCGACAAUGACAUGGAUGGGUCCUCCGGGACUUACUGGCCCAUGAACUCAGACCUCGCUGUUCCUGAGCUUGACCUGGGCUGGCCAAUGGUCUUUGGGUUCAGGGGGACAGAGGUGACAACCCUGGUGCAACCACCGCCCCCGGACAAUCCCAGCAUCAAGGAGGAGGCUCGCAGAAUGAUUCGAGCAGCGCAGCAGGUGGUGGCCAUAGUGAUGGACAUUUUCACCGACGUGGACCUGCUGUUCGAGGUGCUGGAUGCUGCUGCCCGCAGAGUGCCCGUGUACAUCUUGCUGGAUGAAAUGAACUCGCAGCUCUUCCUCGAUACAGCUGCUAAAUGCAGAGUCAAUCUUAACUAUGUGGAGUUCCUGAGGGUGAGGACAGUUUCUGGCCCAACCUACUACUGCCGCACAGGGAUGUCCUUCAAAGGCCACGUGAAAGAGAAGUUCCUCCUGGUGGACUGCAUGGUGGUGCUGAGCGGCAACUACAGCUUCAUGUGGUCCUUCGAGAAGAUCCACCGGAGCAUCGCGCACAUCUUCCAGGGGGAGCUGGUGGCCAGCUUCGACGAGGAGUUCCGCAUCUUGUUCGCGCAGUCCGAGCCGCUCGUUCCUCCAGCCAACGUCUUGGCAAAGGCCGAGAACGCGUUCGCCAUGGCCCCCUUUGGCAAUAACCUGCCUUUCUUUCCCAAGAAGGCACCCCUGAUGUUCCAGAGGGAUGACGCUCUCUUCCCCUCCUUCAUGGACAGGGUUGACCAGGACAGGUACUUCCUGUCCAACUUCCGGCGGGACGACAUGCUGCGCCACACCGUGGAGGGGUCGGCCAUGCGCAUGUACAAAAAGGUGGAGAUGGAGAACUCUCAGAUGGACCCUGUCAGGGGUUUUCUCCGCUCCAAGCAGCUGGAGUUGGAUGCUUUUAAGAGACACAGUUUUGCAGAGGGAACAUUUGAGAACUUUGCUUCUUCCAAGCAGUACGCCAGGCAGAUGUUCAUGAACAACAUGGACGAAUUUAAAAUCCAGUCUAGUCAUUUUCAGAAGGACCAGUUCUACCAGUACCAGUUCGAGCAUCCCCAUCUUUCUGGGAGACCUCAGGGACUCUUUGAGAGGAUCCGAGGCGGUCGGCCAGGGUUCAAUGAACUGGAGGACUAUGGAGAGGGACCCAGGUACCCUGAGCUCGAAUCCGGUUUCCCACAGGAGGGUUUCCCCUUAAGGCUGGAUUACGUACCUUCAAAUUCUUCCAGGGAAGUAAGACACGGCUCCGAUCAGCUGAACCCGGCAGGCAACGGCCCCAUGGGCAUGAUGUUAAGGCGACAGAAUAUAGGACAGAAAUUUAUUUGCCAGACUUCUCCUACACAGAAGCAAAGCCUGGAACAACGCCUGUUCUUACAAGACAAAGAUGAGGACCAAGAUGAAGACAAGAACACCCAGGAAAACAGAACAGGUUUACGUAACUGGAGGAUUUCCUCAUACCUGAGUGCAUACCAGUCCGAACCAGAAGAAGGUCUCCCAAUGCCCAUGGAAUCAGAGGCAUAUAAUGAUGUUCUUGGGGACACCCUCACAAAGCACCCCACCGACCUCAUCCCAGCCUUCAAGUCUCCAAUGUCUUUCAAUAGCAAGUCACUGGGAAUUGAAAGUGCCAAAGAAUUUGCAGAACCUGACAGAAUAGGUGACGAAACUCCUCUAAUGAAACAAGACGCGUUUAGGACCAGAAUAAAUCCUUUGAUCCAGCGGAGCUCACGGCUCAGGUCCUCUCUGAUUUUCAGUGCUGCCAAGUUAGACCAGCCUAACACCACAAUAGAAAAGGUCCAGAUGAUCCAAAAAGAACAAAUGUCCAGUGAGCUGACAAAAGACAAUGAAACUAUAAAGACAGCUGCCUCAUCUAAAGUGGCAGAACUUCUAGAGAAGUACAAAGCUGUGGGCAAAGACCCAGAGCGAGCUACGGUCACUCACACCAAAGCCGUCUCCAGCUUUCUGCAGGAGGAGUCCCAGAGCGCGGAGAAGAAAUGCACCAAAUCCGUGCAGUACAAGAUUCUGGAGAGCAGGGUGCUGGACGCCAAGGACUCCUGCAGCACUUACAAAGUGCACGGAGAGGUCGACAGGGCGUUCGGAAUGGCCUCGUCAAGCCCCCAGCUCGUCGACGCGUUGAGUAAAGAUCCCCUAGCACAUAUCGGCACUAAAGUGGACAAAUUAUCAUCGCGGUUUUACCCCAUUGAGAAUAAACCUGCUCUUCCCGAGAAGGAGAGUCUAAUAUUUGUAGGAGAGACUCAGAAACUGACUCUUCCAGAGAAGAAGGAAAGAGUGACGUUCAAGGAAGACACUCAAAAACUAGUCAAUACGGAACUGAAGAAACCACAGAUCAGGACAAGUACCACAUCAGUUCUUGAAAAUGUAUCUAUGAGCCAGGGAUCCGACAGCUCUCUCAAUAAAUCCGAGGAAGACUGUUCAAAACAAGAGCAAAAUCCAAUGGAAUUUUUAAGAAAAGGGUCGCUGCGGCUGAAGCAGCUUUUGAACCCAAAAGGUGAAAAGAAAUUGGAGGAGGAGCCCCCUUGUGAGAGCGGGAAAUCUGAGAAGCCGGCUGUGGUUCUCAAACGCUCUUCCAUAGGGGACGGUCAGGAAACGAUGGAGGAAGAAAAGACCCCUAAGUUUUCAGCAGCAGGUGCUCCCAAAAGCAGCCAGGCGGCACAGGGCAGGUUCCCCUCGUCCACGGCCAACAUCCUGUACAGCAGCAACCUCCGCGAUGACACCAAGGUGAUUCUGGAGCAGAUCUCCGCCAACAGCCAGAAGAACAGAGCCGAGCUGGCCAAGCAGCUGCCGUCCACCAGCAACCCCGACCUCUCGAGAUCAACCACCAGCCUGGAGAGGAAGGGCGAGAAGGAGAAGAGCUGCAGCAUCCACAGGUCAGAGAGUUUCGGGAGCCAGAAACGAAACCUGCAGCGGCAGCCGUCGGAGGACAGGGACACCCUCCUGAAGAAGAUGGAGAACAUGCGCAAGGAGAAGCGAGUCUACAGCAGAUUCGAGGUCUUCUGCAAAAAGGAUGAACACACGAGUCAAAGUGAGGAGGAAUAUGACACAGAUGCCAAAGACAAGAAGAUGGGAAAGUUCAUGCCCAAAAUCCUGGGGACCUUCAAGACCAAAAAAUGAUCAUAGAAACACUAUUUAAUUCCAUCUAAUCACUGACUGUCAAAGGGGAACGAGAAGUAACUUGUUUGCGGUGGCUGUAAGCACCACAGGCAAAUUCUCUGCGUGGUUAGUGAGCGGAAACGUGUUCAGCAUUAGACUCCUACGGCACCAUUCGCCCAGUAACGUCACGAGGUACCAGGCAACCUUAUCACAGCGUGUUUCAAAUAAAGUAUUAAAUUACCAAGAUGCUUAAAACAAAUAAA